AACCUGGUGCAUCUUUUCUCUUCUCUUCCUGGGAAAUUAAAGAAAUGCAACAGUGUGGGCCGUUUCGCACCUACUCUGACUAGUGGAUUAAUGAUCAUAUCCAUGGAUGAUUUGAGUUAUUAUUCUUAAAACUACUUGUUGUGUACUCGAAAGAUCAUUGCUAGAUGUCUCAGCUCCAGGGCCUCAUAUAAUUAUAAAUUCAAGUAAACUGUCAUGUGUUUGUGUCCCUGCCUAUCACACAAUUGAAUCCCCAUCAGGGACAACUAAGUUUAUCUAAUGCAGGCUUACCCCCCAACCCUAUAUUGUUAUUGUAUUACUUAUUGUCUCAAUAACUUCCUUGUUUCAUGAUUUCUGUGCUUAGGCGUCAUUGCUAGCUUGAUUUUUUGCUUGUUGGCCUACAAACUUUGGUGUUAGGUGAAGGAUAAAUUAUAUUGCGUGGUGUGCUGACAAGUUUGUUCUUUUCUCUACUAGUGAUGUUCCACCUAUCCUCUUAUGUGUAAUACUACUCACAGGUGACUUAUUCAGACCGUCACUGUCCAGGCCACCUAAAAAAGAGCCUCUACCAAGUGAUGAUACUCAUCGUCCACUUGUUUCGGUUCUGCCGUAAAUUGCCAUUAUGUUACUCUUGUGAGCACUAGAAUUCAGACUCGCGACCGUUUUGACUCACCUAACCCAAAAGGUAUCGUAUCACCGGACGAAAAUUCUACGGCAAAAAUACUUUGUCCUGAUGUUCUUCUCAUCCCAACAUUGGACCCCUUAAAGCCCACUUCAAGGCCGAAAACCACACUUGAAGGCAUGCAUCAUUUUGUUGCAUCAAGAUGGCGCUUCUCAUUGCUUCUGUCCUCAACUCCAACAUUAUAUGAAAACCGAAAUCAUCUCUGCAUAAAGACUGCUACUGCAGCAGCUUUACUCUGCGCCGUUGGUCUCCAAAACUUUUGCAUCUCGCAUCUGUGAUACCGGCACAUGUUGGUCCAAGGUCACAACCUCCACUACCAGCCAUACACGUGCAUGUAGUCAAUCCUUACGGAAAUCUUCGGAGUUUGCAUGAUCUCUCGCCGAUCAAACCCGAGAGGCUUCGUCGUCUCAAGACUGGAGGCGAUGAAGGAGGCCACAGCCGGCGCCAGCGAAGGUGACGGCCUGGAGUCGAGCGUCUUCUUCUGCGUGGCCGUGACGUCCAGGGGCACGAAGGACAGGCUAUCGUACUAUCGCUCGAGCGCCGAUGGCGAGGACGCGGAGGCGUCCCGUGCGCUGGCGGCGCUCUGCCUCGACCACGCGCCGGAGCACCACCAAUGGCACCAUCACACCUACGACGGCAGACGCACGUUCGCGGUCCUUGCAGCCGACGACGGCCGCACGUACCUCGCGGUCGCAGAGCCCACGCCGGGCAGCGCCGAGGUCGUCCGCUUCCUGGAGCGCGUCCGUGACACGUGCAGUGCCACGCCCAGGAGGAGGCUGCGUGACGAAGCACUGUCCGGCCUCGUGCGGCAGUUCGCGCAGACGCUGCAGGCCGGGACGAGCUCCUCCGCGGCUGCAAACUCGGUGGUGCUCCCCGGCGACGGUUCAUGGAGCGAGCAUGCGUCCGACAAGGACGAGGAGGCGCUGCCGGAGGACGGGGCGCCACGCAGGCGGUCAGCACGGCCCUCCUGGAGGCGCACGUGGUGGCGGCGCCACGCCAUGGCCGUGAUCGGCGUGGACGUGGUGCUGUGCCUGGUGCUGUUCGGCGUGUGGAUGGCGGUGUGCCAUGGGUUCAGCUGCGUGCAGCGAUGAAGCACAUCAUCUGAGAACUGAGCUCGUGAUUACGUGCGUGCGCAUACUGUCCAUGAAGGCCUUCUACGUCCUCUUAUUGUACUUCACCAGCUAGCUAGCGACUAGCUAGAUCGAUCUAGUAAAGAAACUAAGCUCCGAGAUUAAUUUAAUUGCGUAGUUGCAUGCUGAGAAACAUAUCGAGAUAUCUCAUGCUUCUGUUCAUCGUCUUGUGGAAGUGGUCAUCGUCAUGUCCAAAUAACAAAUGGCAGAAGGUUGUUGUGAAUUGUCA